AAUUUUCCUUCUCUUUCUCUCUCCACGAAAUUUCGAGGAAGCUCACUCCAUGACUUCCCCCAGGUCCCAACCAUUUAACUCCCGCUCCUUCCACUCCCCUUCCUCUCAACCCCCAAUCUCCUUCCUCUCCCUCCGCUUUCGCUUUCGCCGUGAAUCAUGAAACUCACCAAGCUCUUCCGAUCGAAGAAAUCGCGAUCUGUUUCCAGAUCUGAGGCCGAUCCGUCCUCCUUCAGCUCCCACACCACGUCCUCCUCCGCCUCCUCCGACGACGGCGCCGCCAAGCGACCCACCGGCUCCUCCACGCCGACGAGCGUCCUCCCCUCCGCGGAUCAGUGGACGGAGAUCUCCGUCUCUUUCGAGCUGAAGCAGGCGUUCGAGAUGAUCGACCGCGACGGCGACGGAAAGAUCACCAAGGUGGAGCUCGAGUCGCUCCUGAGCCGGCUCGGCGCGGAGCCGCCGAGCAAGGAGGAGCUGAGCCAGAUCGACUGCGACGGCGACGGCUGCAUCACGCUGGAGGAGUUCCACGCGAUCGGAUCGGCGUUCGCGCCGUCGGCCGACGCCUCGGAGCUGAGGCACACGUUCGACUUCUUCGACUCCGAUCGCGACGGGAGGAUCACGGCGGAGGAGCUCUUCAGCGUGUUCGAGACGAUCGGAGACGCGCGGUGCACGUUAGAGGACUGCCGGCGCAUGAUAAGAGGGGUGGAUAGGAACGGGGACGGGUUCGUCUGCUUCGAGGACUUUAGUCGUAUGAUGGAGCUUCAACGAUGAAUGAAUCAUUUCACUGUUUUCGUUUUAUUUCUUUAAGAAAUAAAAUAAAUAGAAAAGGAAAUGAAAUGAAAAUUCAUCAUUUGCCUUGCCCUGCUCUUA